UCUUCUUCUUCUUCUUAUCCUUCACCUCGCCGUGUUGUUGUCACUGGUCUAGGCUUGGUGACUCCACUUGGACGAGGCGUUGAAACAACAUGGAGGCGUUUAAUUGGUGGAGAAUGUGGGAUUAGAGGAUUGACUCUUGAUGAUCUCAAGAUGAAGUCUUUUGAUGAAGAGACAAAGUUGUAUACUUUUGAUCAGCUCUCUUCUAAAGUUGCGGCCUUUGUGCCUUUUGGAUCAAACCCAGGUGAAUUUGAUGAAGCCCUUUGGCUAAACUCCAAGGCAGUUGCGAAUUUUAUCGGAUAUGCUUUAUGUGCCGCUGAUGAAGCCUUGAGGGAUGCAGAGUGGUUACCAACUGAGGAGGAAGAAAAAGAAAGAACAGGAGUCUCAAUUGGUGGUGGAAUCGGAAGUAUAAGUGACAUUGUGGAGGCAGCGCAGCUUAUUUGUGAAAAGAGACUACGGCGGCUUAGUCCAUUUUUCAUCCCAAAAAUAUUAGUAAACAUGGCAUCUGGCCAUGUGAGCAUGAAGUAUGGAUUCCAGGGGCCCAACCAUGCUGCUGUGACAGCUUGCGCAACUGGUGCACACUCUAUAGGUGAUGCCACUAGGAUGAUUCAAUUUGGAGAUGCAGAUGUUAUGGUGGCAGGUGGAACUGAGUCCAGCAUUGAUGCUCUGUCCGUUGCUGGAUUCUCUAGAUCAAGAGCUUUGUCAACUAAGUUUAAUUCUUCUCCGCAAGAAGCUUCACGGCCUUUUGAUUGUGAUCGAGAUGGUUUUGUGAUAGGGGAAGGUUCAGGGGUUAUAGUAUUGGAGGAAUAUGAACAUGCAAAAAGACGUGNCUUCUUCUUCUUCUUCUUAUCCUUCACCUCGCCGUGUUGUCUAGGCUUGGUGACUCCACUUGGACGAGGCGUUGAAACAACAUGGAGGCGUUUAAUUGGUGGAGAAUGUGGGAUUAGAGGAUUGACUCUUGAUGAUCUCAAGAUGAAGUCUUUUGAUGAAGAGACAAAGUUGUAUACUUUUGAUCAGCUCUCUUCUAAAGUUGCGGCCUUUGUGCCUUUUGGAUCAAACCCAGGUGAAUUUGAUGAAGCCCUUUGGCUAAACUCCAAGGCAGUUGCGAAUUUUAUCGGAUAUGCUUUAUGUGCCGCUGAUGAAGCCUUGAGGGAUGCAGAGUGGUUACCAACUGAGGAGGAAGAAAAAGAAAGAACAAUGCCCAUGACUUUGCAGUCUGGUCUGUGUCCAAACCAAGUUGAUUAUAUAAACGCACAUGCAACAUCAACCCCAAUAGGCGAUGCCGUGGAAGCAAGAGCGAUCAAGACCGUAUUCACUGAACAUGCUACUUCAGGCACCUUGGCAUUCUCCUCCACCAAGGGGGCAACUGGUCAUCUUCUUGGAGCAGCUGGAGCAGUGGAAGCUAUUUUCAGUAUCCUUGCUAUACAUCACGGUGUGGCUCCACUGACUCUGAAUGUCAAGAAUCCAGAUCCCAUCUUCGACCAGAGUUUCUUGCCUUUAACCAUUUCGAAAGAGAUGCUCGUUAGGACAGCAAUGUCGAAUUCGUUUGGCUUUGGAGGAACAAAUGCAUCUUUGCUCUUUGCCUCUAUCUAAAAGUUGUGAUAGCAACAUUUUUGAACUGUUCUUUCUUUGGUUGCAUAAUGUUCCAAAUUUACAAACAUGAAAUGAAACUAUAACCUCGAUGUGGUAACUGCGAUGAGAAAUGCGUCGAUAAAACAGUUUUGCUCCGGA